AUGCACACUUUUCGAUCCCCACAAAAAAUUCUCUUCAGACAUGGAAAGAGUUACAGAAAUGAAGACGCAGAUUUUUAUACAUUACAUGGAGAAGACCAGUUGCCAUUGUGCAGUAAACGUGGAUACAUUGGUAUAACACCAGUUCAGUUUCCUAGUGGCAGAAUUGUUGAUUCAUGUAAUGGAAUCAUCUGUUUGCGGAUUAAAAAUCAUUUGAGUCUAUGGAACCCUUCAAUUAGGUUCUUAUUAAGUGUGCCUGAAUGUCCUCGAAGUUCUGAACUCCCUUGGGCAGGGAUUGGGUUUGGAUUCGAUCCAAUCAGUGAUGAUUACAAAAUUGUCUUGAUAUCGUGUGCCAAAGACCAUUCAUUUGUUUAUGCUGUGAAGAGUGGCAUUUGGUGUGGAAUUGCUUCCCCUAAACCUCAGUCUACUUAUGUGUCAUAUCAGGCCUAUUUUUUCUGUGGAUUGUUUCAUUGGGAGGUACAAGGUUAUCAUACAGAAUCACAAGACAAAGGCAUUUCUUGUAUACUGACCUUCGAUUUGAACACUCAUGUUUUUGGUAUGAUUCCAUUGCAUGUACCCGGUUUGAGUUGGGUAGUGAACAGACUAACAACCAUCCAAGGUUCUCUAGCUUUGAUUUCUUGUGAAAGUUGUUUAAUUAGGUAUGGAGAGAUGCUUCUUGGUUUGUGGUUUUAA